AUGGGCUUUGAAGGCAGUGCUCCUGGAUUGGUCGAAAAAUUGUUAAAUAGGGCCAAGGAUCUAAUGAGCAAUUAUAUUUGUACCGCAUAUAGAAUGUGUCUAGAAAAGGCACAAGAAGUGUUUUUGGAGCUAUCCAAGAGAGUAUCGGAGAUGCCAAUUUGUUUGGCGGCAAUAGCUAGAAAGCACAAAUUAAGGGGCUUGGUAAACCCAAUGAAGGGUAGUCAAAUACAGAUGAUUGUUGAAG